AUGAGGUCGUGGAUUGAGGGUGUUUGGUAUUGGGGUGACUUCGGGAUCUCCCAAAGAAUAUCACAGCAACACGGUUUACUGCUGGAGAUACAGCAACUUCGACUUCUGCUUGAUGGUUCCAAUUGUAGUCUGAUUGGGAUUGAUUCUGUCGAGUGGAAAUUAGAAGAAAAUCAGUCUUUUUUGAUCUACUCCUGUUAUUCAUAUAUUGCAGGCCGGAAAAUCCCUUUUGGUCCUCGUAACAAAUUUGACAAAGCUUUGCAAUUGGUGUGGAAAAUGGGGGUCUCUUAUAAGAUUAAAGCUUUUGGUUGGAGGUUUCUUAUUAAUUCACUUCCAACUAAAGAUCUUCUUAGAAUUAGAGGCAUUUCUUUUUCUAUUGAUUUCCAAAAGUGUGUUUUAUGUGGGAUUGCAUAUAAAAGUUUGGAACAUUCCUUCUUAAAUUGUUUUGUUAUAAACUUGGUUUAG